UUCUACUAAUUUGAAAUUAAAUAGGAAAACAACUUUGGUUUGGAAGGGAUUUACAGUUGUAUCAUCAUUAACAAAAAUGGGCCGAUUUGGAUACUUUGUAAAAAGGAUUCCAUACAAGAAAAUCGCAUUGCAGAAAUGGGCAAAACAUCAAGAUGCAGAGUUUUGGAGAAAAGCAAAAGUGGAGGAAAAACUAGCACAGUACCGAGAUACUGACGAGGAAGAAGAGGGUCAAGUGGAAGAAACUGAAAAAGAAGAGGACGGAGAAUAUUUGGAAGCAAUAAAGGAGGCAGAAGUUGACACUGAAGAGUUGAGAAAAGAAACUUACAGAUGCCGCAGUGCCUACAAACUGCUCGAGAUUCAUGACAAAUACAAGUUGUUCAAACCCGGACAGACGGUUGUGGACCUGGGUUGUUGUCCGGGAUCUUGGACUCAAGUUGCGGUCAAUGCCACACGAGCAAAAUAUGAAAAGUUUGGAUCCUUUGUUCUUGGGAUGGAUCUGCAAAAGACAUAUCCGAUAAAAGGGGCAAAAAUCAUGGAUAAAAUGGACUUUCUGGAUCCUAGCUCGCAGAAAUUAAUAAAACAAGCACUGAAAGGACGGAAAGCUGACGUACUGACUAGUGAUAUGGCGCCAAAUACAACAGGAAUCAGAGACAAAGAUCAUAUGCAAGUGGCUGAACUCUGCUACUCCACUCUAAAAUUUGUCCCAAGAGUUUGUAAGUUGGGGUCCUCCUUAGUCAUGAAAGCCUUCGAUGGUGUCGAGUGCAAACAGAUCAUAAAAGACUUGCGAUUCAUGUAUGAAAAAGGCAUAGUGGUACAUCCCAAAGCAACGCGACAACCUUCCAGUGAAUUCUUCUACCUGGGUUUGAAAUAUAGAGGAAAUAAACUGGAACCCAAACAACAAUCGGAGCCUGAAGAAGAGUUUUUUGAACCAUCUGAUCCAUUUGAAGGUAUUGAAGACUGUAAUGUCCCAUCAUCCCUCAGUAGUGAUGAAUUAAUGUAAUCUUGAAGCUACUUAAGGUUACGUUUUGGGUAACCUGCAAAUUAUCUGAGUGCAAAGUUGGAACAUUGGCAAGCUUGACGGAUGAUGAUGGAAGUACCGAUAAGAAAAGAAUGACUACUUUACAUCCAAAAGCAAGAUCACAAUGCAAGAUGAUGAGCUGAUAGAGAAAUAUAGGCCUUCAAGGCUUUGCAUUAUAAUGAGUUAACAUCCAUUAAAAAGAAUUCUGAAAAAAAUCCUUUCAGUUUUAGUUUUAAAACUUUAAACUAAUAAUUGAUUGUUACGUAGGUGUUUCAUUUUAAAGGUUCUCUACUACUAGGAGAGAAAAAAAUAAGUUCACUAUGAUGCACAAAAUACAUUUACUAAAGUAAGAUCCUUUUGAAAAAACGAGUAAUGUUUCUUUAAAAUCUUUCUUGAUUUAGGAUAGCUAAACAUUAAAUUGUGUUAAGAACUGUAAUAAAAAGAAAAAUGAUCUUACCAAGAAUAUUUUUUACUUUCCUAAUAAUACCAGUGCUCGAUUUGUAGGGGAACGCGACGGAAAUGUGUUCUGGUACCUCUCUUAUGGAAAGAUAAAAAUAUUGGUAUAAAUAGGUACUAAUCACAUUAAAUAGCUUACAGUUGUGGCACCCCAUUUUUUACAAAUCAAGCACUGCCUAAUACCAAUACUAUGUUUUUUUCUUACUGAUCAAUUUUGUGUGAUUUAAAUUAAAUUAAAUAAGUAUAGAUUAUAUU